AGUGGUCCAAAAUUCCAAAAUCUUAAAGCUUUUAUCGCGCUGUCCAACCAGGAGCGCUUUGCCAUUCUGCCUUGUUUGUUAUAGCGAAGCGCUCCCGUGAACGAUAGCACAUUUAAUCCUUGGCGUGAAAAAAUACUGUCGUUGUGAUGUAAAGAAAGAGCAAGGGGCUUAGAUUCGAGCCAUCGAUCGCUUUAAAGCACCAAUCACGGAGGUGAAAGUGAAAGAGAGAGACUCCAUGGAAGAUGGCUCUAGCUAUCAAGAAUUCAUCCAGAGAAUCCAUCCCAAGAAACCACGCUGGAUCGAGAAGUUGUACGCGAAGUUCAUGAAUUCCUUCUCCGGAUCAGGAUUCGACAAGGACACCGCCAAGCUCUUCAGCCAGAUCGAUGGAAGCGCACGCACUGUUUUGGAGGUCGGGAUUGGGACUGGAGUGAAUUUCAAGUACUUGAGUGGAAGGAAUGAUCUCAAGAUCACCGGAGUGGAUCCAAACAAAAGCAUGGAGAAGUACGCCGUCAAUUCGCUCGUAGCAGCUGGAUUUCGUGGCGACCAAUUCGAGUUCAUCCACGGCGUUGGCGAGAAAAUUCCCUUGGAAAGCUCGAGCAUCGACGUGGUGAUCUCGACCUUGGUACUUUGCUCUGUCACAGACGUCUCAUCUACGAUGCAAGAGGUGAUCAGAGUUCUCAAACCCGGAGGACAAUUCUUGUUCGUGGAGCACGUAGGAGCUCAAGAUGGGAGCUGGCUCGAUCUCUUCCAAAAUCUUCUCAAUCCCAUCCAAGUCUUCUUUGCGGAUGGAUGCCACUUGAAUCGCGACACCUUGUCCUUCAUACGAAAGGCUAGAUUCUCCUCGAUCGACGCUCGCAGCUAUCGAUUUCCAUCCAAGAAUCCCCUCAUUUCCUCCUACAUUGUGGGAGUAGCACGAAAGUGAAAAUAAAGGAAAAAAUAGCCCUA